GCGCGGCCAGUCGCGGCGGGCGGGGCGGAGGAUGGAGGUGUGAGCGUGCGCUGCGACGGUUGGGGCUGCGCGCGAGAAGGUGGCGGUGUAGGCGCCCGGGCUAGGCGGGGGCCAGCGGCGGCCGGACCAUGGCUGGAGACGGUCUCCGCUGGGCUCCCUGAGGUGCGCUCCCUGAAGUCCCAGGGAGCCGUGGCCCAUGGGCUUGCUGAGCAGCCGAGUCCUGCGCCAGCCGGGGCGAGCCCGAGCUCAGCAGGACCCGGGGUCUGGGGCGGGGGGCUCGGCCCGGAGGCAGGAGACUGGCGGCGACGCGGCCGGCCACGGCUUCUGUUACUGCCCGGGCAGCCGCAAGCGCAAGCGGAGCAGCGGGGCCUUCUGCUACUGUCACCCCGACUCCGAGACAGACGAGGAUGAGGAGGAAGGGGACGAGCAGCAGCGGCUCCUCAACACCCCUCGAAGGAAAAAAUUAAAGAGUACCUCCAAAUAUAUUUAUCAAACAUUAUUUUUGAAUGGUGAAAAUAGCGACAUUAAGAUUUGUGCUCUAGGAGAAGAAUGGAGUUUACACAAAAUAUAUUUAUGUCAAUCUGGCUACUUUUCUAGUAUGUUCAGUGGUUCUUGGAAAGAAUCCAGCAUGAAUAUUAUUGAACUGGAGAUUCCUGAUCAGAAUAUUGAUAUAGAAGCACUGCAGGUUGCAUUUGGGUCACUGUAUCGAGAUGAUGUCUUAAUAAAGCCCAGUCGAGUUAUUGCCAUUUUGGCAGCAGCUUGUAUGCUGCAGUUGGAUGGUUUAAUACAGCAGUGUGGUGAGACAAUGAAGGAAACAAUUAAUGUGAAAACUGUGUGUGGCUAUUACACAUCAGCAGGGACCUAUGGAUUAGAUUCUGUAAAGAAAAAGUGCCUUGAAUGGCUUCUAAACAAUUUGAUGACUCAUCAGAAUGUUGAGCUUUUUAAAGAACUCAGUAUAAAUGUCAUGAAGCAGCUUAUUGGUUCAUCUAACUUAUUUGUGAUGCAAGUGGAGAUGGAUGUAUAUACAGCUCUUAAAAAGUGGAUGUUCCUUCAACUUGUGCCUUCUUGGAAUGGAUCUUUAAAACAGCUUUUGACUGAAACAGAUGUCUGGUUUUCUAAGAGGAGAAAAGAUUUUGAAGGUAUGACCUUCCUUGAAACUGAGCAGGGAAAACCAUUUGUGUCAGUAUUCAGACAUUUAAGGUUACAGUAUAUUAUCAGUGAUUUGGCCUCUGCAAGAAUUAUUGAACAAGAUUCUCUAGUACCUUCAGAAUGGUUAUCUUCUGUUUAUAAACAGCAGUGGCUUGCUAUGCUCCGGGCAGAACAAGACAGUGAGGUGGGGCCUCAAGAAAUCAAUAAAGAAGAACUAGAGGGAAAUAGCAUGAGGUGUGGUAGAAAGCUUGCCAAAGAUGGUGAAUACUGCUGGCGGUGGACAGGUUUUAACUUCGGCUUUGACCUGCUUGUAACUUACACUAAUCGAUACAUCAUUUUCAAACGCAAUACACUGAACCAGCCAUGUAGCGGAUCCGUCAGUUUACAACCUCGAAGAAGCAUAGCAUUUAGAUUACGUUUGGCCUCUUUUGAUAGUAGUGGAAAACUAAUAUGUAGUCGAACAACUGGCUAUCAAAUACUUACACUUGAAAAGGAUCAGGAACAAGUAGUGAUGAACUUGGACAGCAGGCUUCUGAUCUUCCCUUUAUAUAUCUGCUGCAAUUUCCUAUAUAUAUCACCGGAAAAAAGAACUGAAAAUAAUCGUCAUCCAGAAAAUCCAGAAAACUGAGAAUCUCAUCAGUUGGAAACAGUAGCACUUUGAAAACUUUGGCCAGCUUUAAUUUAAUGGCCCUACUGAUAUUCACAUCCAAGGUGACUAACAAUGACAAAGGCCUUAUGAACUGUACAGAUAAUACAGAAGACUGUUCUUACCCUCAUUACAUUUCUAUGCAUAUAUGAAAAAAACAUUUUAAAGCCAAGAAAAUAUCUGUGAAACCAUUUCUGUUAGAAAGAUGUCGACUCAUGCUUUUAAUUUAGCACCAGUAGAAAAUCACUGUAGGUACAUUUCACAUUUCUCUGCAGCCAAAUAUAGAUUUAGCUUUCAGCUUAAACUCUGAUCCUGCCUAAUGUUAGUGAACCUCAGUUAUCCAUCUGUGAAUUUACUUUUAUUUGGCUAAAAGAAUGCUAAAGGAAUCAGCUGAAUGGCCAAUUACAAAUGCUCUUUCAAUUGGUGCAUUUAAAGCCGUCCUUUAAUUUUUUCAACUGCUCUUUAUGAUUCCUCCUCCUAUUCUAAUAUCCUUCCAAUCUAUACUUGUUUUUAAUUGUUAAAUACUUUUUCCAUGGUUUUGGAGACUUAAGCUGGGGAACUUUUUAUUUGACUUAAGCAUUUUCAGGCUAUUUUAUUUUGCUCUUAAUUUAGCUUUCGUAGGAUUUUAACAACAAAAAAAUCAGCUUAGACUCUCAAAUGAACUUAUUAGGGGAGAAAAUCAGUUUGAUUCUGAGGAUAAUCCUUUGCCUUACGUGGUCUUUUCUUUGACAUUCUGUACAACUCUAUUAUUAGGUCAUGGAUUAUUUCUGUACCAAAUAUUAUACUUUAAACAUUUUCAUAUUCUUUGAUCUUUAGAAUUAUUUAUGUUCAAAUUUAGUUGGGAAUCCUAUUUCCUACUUAAGCUCAGGACUUUAUAACCUCUGAAUUGAGUGCCUUUGAGUUACACAUGCUAAUAGAAAUUUCAUAGUAAAUGUAAAUAAGGUUGGAGGAUCUCAUAUAGAAGCUGAUAAUAAAGCAUUAAUGUAAAAAUAGAACUUAUUUUUGUCAAAAAUGAGAUGUACACUUGUCAUGAUUUAUAUAUGUUGGCUUCUUGUGUUUACUGCUAUUUUGAAAAUAGCCAUGCUCAUCUUUCCAGUCAGAGUAAGUACUUUUUGUGGUUAAUGUAUAUUUUUAGUAUUUUUUUAAAUGGGAAUCAUUUUUAUGUAUCUGUACAAAUAAUAAAUACCCAUUUGGAAAAGGAAUAAAUAAGCUCUUAUAUAAAAUGAACAAAGAAAAAACGUCGUUAAAAAUAGAAUUUUUUUCUUUCUAGUUGGAUUUCUUCCAAUUAGGUUAACUUUUGGAGUGUAUUGAUAGUUUUUCUUCCCCAGUAAUAUGUCCAUAGGUUCAUAAAUUGCUUUUGUCCUUUCAAAAUUCAUCCUCUUUGAACUUAAAGGAACCUUUUAAAUGUCUCCCCCCUCCUCCGUCCCCACAACUAUAGUUUAAAUGUUUCCAAUACAAUAAUUUGGCUCUUUCAGUAGGCUACAUUUCUUAUUUUUAUAUUUGACUAUAAU